UCUCCUGCGCCGAGGUACGAGCGGGCGCGCGUGAAGAGGUGCAGGGUGUCUUCUCCCGACGCAUUCCAGUACCUGUGCGUCCCCUGACCUGACAGUAUGAAGGAGACGCCACUCUCAAACUGCGAGCGCCGUUUUCUACUCCGCGCCAUCGAAGAGAAAAAGCGGCUGGAUGGCAGACAAACCUAUGAUUAUAGGAACAUCAAGAUCUCAUUUGGAACAGAUUAUGGGUGCUGCAUUGUGGAACUUGGAAAAACAAGAGUUCUUGGACAGGUUUCCUGUGAACUUGUUUCUCCGAAACUCAGUAGGGCAACAGAAGGUAUUCUUUUUUUUAACCUUGAGCUCUCUCAGAUGGCUGCCCCAGCUUUUGAACCUGGCAGGCAGUCAGAUCUCUUGGUGAAGUUGAAUCGCCUCUUGGAACGAUGUCUAAGAAAUUCGAAGUGUAUAGACACUGAAUCUCUCUGUGUUGUUGCUGGUGAAAAGGUUUGGCAAAUACGCGUGGACCUACAUUUGUUAAAUCAUGAUGGAAACAUUAUUGAUGCUGCCAGCAUUGCUGCAAUUGUAGCCUUAUGUCACUUCCGAAGGCCUGAUGUCUCUGUCCAAGGAGAUGAAGUAACACUGUAUACACUUGAAGAACGUGAUCCUGUACCAUUGAGUAUCCACCACAUGCCCAUUUGUGUCAGUUUUGCCUUCUUCCAGCAAGGAACAUAUUUAUUGGUGGAUCCCAAUGAACGAGAGGAACGUGUAAUGGAUGGCUUGCUGGUGAUUGCCAUGAAUAAGCAUCGAGAGAUUUGCACCAUCCAAUCCAGUGGUGGGAUAAUGCUGCUGAAAGAUCAAGUUUUGAGAUGUAGUAAAAUAGCUGGUGUGAAGGUAGCAGAAAUUACAGAGCUAAUACAGAAAGCUUUGGCGAACGACCAGAAAGUUAGGAAAGAAGGUGGAAAGUUUGGCUUUGCAGAAUCUAUAGCAAAUCAAAGGAUCACAGCAUUUAGAAUGGAAAAGGCCCCUAUUGAUACCUCCGAUGUAGAGGAGAAAGCAGAAGAAAUCAUCUCUGAAGCUGAACCUCCUUCGGAAGUUGUUUCGAAACCUGUGCUGUGGACUCCUGGAACCGCCCAAAUUGGAGAGGGAAUAGAAAACUCCUGGGGUGAUCUUGAAGACUCUGAGAAGGAAGACGAAGAUGAAGGUGGCAGUGAUGAAGCUAUUAUUCUUGAUAGUAUAAAAAUGGACACGGGAGAAGUCUCUAAUAUUGGAAGCCAAGAUGCCCCUAUAGUGCUCUCAGACAGUGAAGAAGAAGAAAUGAUCAUUUUAGAACCAGAUAAGAAUCCGAAGAAAAUAAGAACACAGACCAUCAGUGCAACACAAGUAAAAGCACCAAGUAAAAAGCCAGUGAAAAAGAGAAAAAAGAAGAGAGCUGCUAAUUAAAGUUCACAUAGUUGUAUAUUUGUGUAUAUAACUAUUAAAAAGGUAUUUAUUCAGUGCUAACAACCUUGGGUAUUAUUCACAAACCCAUUACAGAAUCUAGUUCUUUAUACAGUUUUUACAUUAUGCUUUAAAAUAAACGUCUGGAGGACUCUUUAAAACAGGUUUUAAAUAACUGUCACUUUGGUAGGUCAAGUGUAGUAAAAGUCGAUGAAUGAAAAGCAUUUUCAUAGUGUGUACAAAGACCUGAAAGAGUCUUCUUAGAUUAUGCCCAAGUCAGACAGUUGGCCCAGUUCCUUAGGGAGGUGAAUGUCAUCACCUGUGUGUUGGAAGGAGAAGCCUUCCCUGUCCCCAUGCUUUAAUAAACCAAAUUAAUUUUUCUAAGUGAAAUCCUGAAGUCAAAUUUUUGCCUCAAAUUAAAUUUGACUUACAAACCAAAUUUUCCAAAUCAAUUUAUUUCUUAUUAUCCUGACAGCUGGCAUCAUUAAUACUUUAACAAAAACCACUUAAAAUUAGCCAAAUAUCUAAGAUAGUUACAUGUACAAAAGAUAUACAAAUUAAAACCUUUAAAAAGUAAUAGAUACCAUAAUUUGUACUUGACCAUAACUUCCGUAUUCAGAAAUGAUUGUAAAAUUAAAACCUAAGAUAAAAUCUGUACACCAUAUACUUUGAGUGAUUUACAUCCUAGAAAACAAAGGCAGUCUUUCACCGUUACACAUUUAGUGUCUCGGGUGGGUUGAGGAGAGAAACACCAUGAUACCUGUAAGCAGGGGAAAAAAAAAUCCAUUUUUAGUAAACAUUCAUUGGGUGAAACAGAUUAUGGAAUGAAACAUAUACUAGGAACUCACAAAUGCUAUUUCUGUCUACUUGAAUUAAUGGUUAUAAAACCAUAGUCUGGUCCCCAACACUUGCAUGCAUUCCCACCGUUCCUCUCCCCUCUUCUCCCUCAAAUACAAGACAGAAGCUCAAAACACAUGGCUGCUAAGAGAACAGUUGCUUAAGGAGGCUGUGCCUGAUUUGUGAAUCCCUUAAAUAAAGUUAAAAUGUCAAGGAUCUCUGAACCGUACGAUAGCCUGGAAAAGCAAGCUUCUUUGGUAUCUACUGCUGUUAAUUCUUACUUUGAGUUUUUGUACUUUUCUCUUAUUGACUGUUGUGCAUGCCGCGGAGCUCUGAGGUAGGUCUGGUGAAGGUCCAUGAGACAAGGCUUUAGAGUUUCCAGCGUAUAUCCAGUCUUUUGUACUAAUGAUUCAGGCUGCAGGAGGGAGGACGGAACCACUGAGUUUUGUUUUUAGUAACAGACACUGAAUACAAGUUAGUAGUUGGCAUUAGUUGGCUUGAGUUUUGUCCUAACACCUCCAACUAACAUCUUCCAGUUUUCUCAAGCUCUUUUUGCUAACUUCGAUCAAUUUUUACUAUUUUCCUUGCCAACAGCAAGUCUUAUGGCCUGAAUUCUUUAAGCACACCUUUCAAAUCCAAGCAUUAAUAGUAACCAAGCUUUCAACCUAACAGAUGCUAUUAAACAGGUAAGACAAAAUGCUUUCAACAGUGUACGUGGCUGAAUAGCUCUUCCAGUUCAGUACAUCUAGACAACUGUCAGUUGUAUAGGACAGUUAUUUAACCUAUCUGGCACAAGCAUUUACAGCACAAGGUGGAUGUGUGAGGACGUCAUCAUACAUACCCAGCUUUGUCCCGUGACAGUGUAGAGUGCUAAAUGAAAGGCUGCUGCGGCGGUAACUGAUGGCAAAUACUUUAGAUAUGGGUCAGCAUCUAUCAAACUUAAUUCUCCCAAAAACUGGAAUGAAAAAGUAAAUAUACUUUAUGAUCAUAAGAGCUCUGGAAUUCAAAACUCAAAUCCUUACCUUCUGACUGAAUAUUUUGCUAUCUUUAAGACUGGCUCUGUAGCAACCAUUGCCACAUCUUUAAAUAUAUUCACUAUCAUAUUUUGCUUCAUUCUCAUCCUGUAUUUUUCCUCCUUUAAUAGCUUUAAAAACAACUCUUCUGGCUACCAUUUACCAAGACUUCCUCCUCAUACCACUAUUCCUAGUGCUUUCUCCAUUUAUGUUUUCUUUUGCCAAUGGUAGGCUUUCUUUCAUGCUGCAGCACUAACCUGUCCCCAGAAUACUAAAUCCCUUGUCCAAGGCUGUAUAAUGAAACUAGAGCUUGCCCCUAAUUGUGACCUUAGAAUCUUCAUUCAGCAAAUGAAAAGAACUUACCAUUGCUAAACUUUCAACUUUGCAGUUUGCAGACUGCUGGUGCAGAAAGUACUGGGUAAGAAACUGAUUUAUUGUUGGUGCAGCUAAGUCAAAAGCAAGGACUUUCAAAACUAGGUGCUCCAUUCUCAGAACUUGUUUCUUGGUAUAAGUGUCAUCUGUAAUGUAUACAAACUCUGCUACUUCUGGGGGGUAUAUUUCUUCAAACUUUCUACAAUGAAAGAAGUUUUAAGUAAUCAGUCCUUUUAUAAGAAAAGCAAGCUUGUUUGUCCCAACUUGAAAUCCCUUAAGCAGAAUGAAUGGAACGAAUCCAAAACCAGUUGCCUGUUUGCACUGAUACUUGACCAUUUCUAGCCAAGACUAGGUAAAUGCUAAUUAAAAGCCCCAAAUAUUUCUCCCACUUCAGUCAAAGGAAGUAAGUGAGAGACCGACUUCCCAAGAUGGGAACAAUGCCAGAGUUCACCAAGUAACUGAAAAUGUAGGAAAUUUCCUUAGAAAAAUAAAUAAUUUACAUUUUAGUUUUCAUGUCUUAAUGGAGAAAAGAUAAGAUUUUGCUUAUAUACCAGAAAGUACUUUAAAGUAGAAGGAACCACUCUGUAACCUAGUCCUGGUGUAUUAAAAUGUCGCCAAUCUGUAGGUUCAUUCAAGGUACCCUGAAAUCCAGAUCUAGGAAAAUUAAUGUCCUAAAUUUAAAAAGUUUCAUCCACUCCACCAUCCCUAAAGUAGUCGCUGACUCCCUGCCUUGUAUAGUAUGUUAAAAUGUCAUACUUUAAAAGAUCACAAUUUCUUCCCUACACAGAAAGAUACUACUAAUCACUUUUAACCCAACAAACCAAGUUGUACUUACGAGGCUAACAGCAUAGCAGCAGUGCCCACAAGCUGAAGUUUUCCUCUCAAAACAGACAUCGAUGAAAGAAACCUAUCAAUGUAGUUCACAGCCAAAUGCAGGGUCUCAUUCUGUAGUUUAUAUUCUUCUCCUACUUCAACUAACCAGUCCACGAGGAUAGCCCUCAUACUGUUAGUAAUGUCUGGCUGUUUCUUCAUGUAACCCACUUUAGGCUUACAUUUAACCUGUUGAGAAGGUUACUUAGUAUAGUGUUAAAACUGCAGUUAGAUCAUUCUACCAUUAACAGAUGCUGCCUAUAUGCUAGAAACUUAAGUAUAGCAUUAGAGUAAUUCACUGGCAGUUAAAAAACUUAAAAACAUUAUCCUCUUAAUUUCCUUUCACCACAGUGAACAAAUAGUGUAAAAAGUAGAUUCAGAGAGCCUUUACCUCCAUUUCCCUAAGGUAUGUGUGAAUGUCCUCAUGGUAGUCUGGUACUUCAUUAACACUCACUGGCUUUUCAUCUUCCAGUACAAUUGACAUAUCCAUAGUAUGUGGUGACUCUGGGAGAAUUCAAAAGUACAGUGAAGUUCACUUUUCAUUUUCGACUUAAGAGCUAAAAGUGAUUGCCUUUGUAAGGAGUCCCAAACUACCAAUGUGUUUAUUUCAUCCAACUAAAAAGAGCUUGUUAUGACAAAGUACAUAGAAGAUUUAACUCUGAUUUUAGUACCUAUGUCCACUUAGUUUUGGAAUGAUUUUAAUUAACAAGAAAAAGUACUGACAAACCAUUAACAGGAAAAUGAGUUAGAAGAGCAGGUAUUGAAGUAUCUUCAUCUCCCAUGACAGGAGUACACUGGUUUUGCUAGGACAAAGUUAAAAUCCAAGUUUGGAGAUAUCUAGGAUUUGUCAAAAGAGAGUUUGCAGACCCCUAAGUCUAACAUUCAAAGCACAAUCCAGGCAAUAACUAGGAGUAGGGCUAACAAGUGUGCUAAAGAGAAACUCAGAUUUCUUAUGGGCAGUUCAAACACAUUAACACUAAUAUCAAUGGGUGAUUCUUUUUUGGUAAAUUUAAAUUAUCUUUGAAGGCAAAAAUAUCCAUUCUUUUUACUUCAAGGUUUGAGUUUAAAAUUUGUUGCAGAUUUUAAAUAAAAAUACACCAAUUAUUUUAUUUCCAUAGGACUUCGCUGCUAUACCUCUCAUCUACAGAACUAAAGCUGAGAUUGAAUUUAGUGAGCUGUCCAGUGACUCGAUAGCCUGAUGGUAAAGAAGCAGCACAAACUGUAGUCAGAGUUGUCUAUAGCAGCUACUCUGACUCACAGGAGGACAAUGUCCCUCUCUGGUAUCAGACAGUCACUCAGACUGAUUUUACAGAAACAAAGUUUUAAAGGUGGAAGAGAUGUUGGCUAUCUCAGUAUUUAAAGCUGCAUUCUCAAAUAGCACUCUAUUUGAGAAUGGUAUGUACAAAGUGAGUCUUAACACAACUGAAAUAUAUUCUCCCAAUCAAGCAAACAUUUCCAGGGUCAGAUUAAAAUAAGUCUGAGAUCUAAUGAAAUUGAUGUGAUUAGCAGUGUACCAGAAGGAGCACAGGAUUAGGAUCCUUUUGUAGGUCACUGGGUCUUGGAUUAGCUGUGAGGCCUGAGAUAAGUCACACCCUUUCUAAACUUGUUACAUUAAACCUAACUCAUAAUGUAGUUAAGGAUCAGGUAAGAUAAUGUUUUGAAAAGCAAAAUUUCAUUAAUCCAGUCUAUUCAAUAAUUAUGAUUACAUUGAUUUGAUGUAAUCAAAUGGUGUAAUGAUGUAAUCAAAUGAUGAUGUAAUCAAAUGAUAUGAUUACAUUGAUUUGAUACAAAUUUUCUUUAAAACUUACCAAAACUACCAUCCAUUGGGUAAUCAAGAGGUGCCAGUGGUUUUCUCGGUCCUGGUAAAGUAACAGCUGAAUUAAAAGCCAAAACAUCUUCACUUUCUGGUUUUUUAGAUUCAACUGGCCUCUUUUGAGUCUCUUCUUCUGCUUCAUCCACAUGAAUGGUAAAUGCAGGUUGUUGACUGUUUGCUUUCCAGGUAGGAACGGUGACAUGCUCAUCAUUUAUAGGAAGAUCCUUAAGAGGUGCAACCUAAAAAAUAAAUAACUGGCUUUGAGCCUAUUAAGUGGAAUUUUGUUCUGCUUUCAUCCCCUUAUACUGCAUUUACUCCCAAUUACUCUAUCAGGAAAAUUAAACUUUAGGGGGGAAAAUCCAGACAAGGAAAUUUUGAGUAGUCAGUCGGAGAAAGAAGGGAUGUUCCAGUUUGUCACAGGCAUUCCUGCAAGGGUUUUAGAGUCAGAUUAAGUGGAAUUGGGCAAAACUAAUCAAGGCCACGAGAUGGGUGGAGUGGCAGGGCGAAAAAUGCCAAAUUUAGGAGAGAUGGCAAAAAAGUGGUUUACCUCUUUCGCCCCAGGGUGGAGCAACAGAGCAAAUUCGGUAAGAUGGCGGAAUUGACCAAAAGCAAAGUAUUUUUUAUACCCUUUCCUAAAGCAGAGGUAAUCUCUUAACUAUAUGGGGAGGGUGAAGGAAGUCCGAGCAGUGCCUGGGGCUUAAAAGCAGAGAGAAAGGCGUGGAGGCGGGCAAAGGCCAUACUCAUGUUGUACGGCUUGGUUUGACUUCGUUAUCUAUAGAAAAAUACUCCCAAUGGAGGAGAGCGGACAGGCAGCACAAACGCAGAGUGCUGGCAGGGAGAGUAAUGGGAGAAACUAAUGGGAGUAAUGUGGCAUCCUACACUCCAGAAAACCAGGGAUCAAGGGACUCCAGAUCCUGGCUUCCCGCGAAAAGGCCAGGGGAUGCUUUCUCGCCACUCUCCUCUGCCGGCUAAACCCCUGCAAAACUCCCGCUCGGCCCACCCUCCUGCAGAUACGGCUCACUGCUUUACCCGUCGCGUCUUAGGCCUCUGCUGCGGCGCUGGUCCCCGCGAGUUCCCGGCCUUCAGUACCGCCAGCCCAGCGCGGGUCCGGGACUGCUGGGUGGGCGCCGCCUUCUCGGGGUUGAUGUUCUCCUGGUCCUCCUGGAGCGCCGUCUGCUGCAAUGUUAACAGCGCCGAGCCUGCCUCGCGGGCCGCAGGCCCUGGCGCGGAGCUGCCCAACAUCACUGCUCCCGGGGGCGCGGCGGGAUCAGCCUGCGGCGCCAAGCAGCGUGCACUGCGUCCCGCCGAUCAGCCUAGGUACACUCCAGCUGUACCCGCCCGCCGCAGCUCGGGCCAGCCUACCCACCCGCUGGCCCGCUCGGGAUCGUGUAGGACCGAGGAGGUUGCGAAAGGCGGAGGCAGGCACUGCCGGACGUGGAGGGCCAAAGACGCCCCCGAAAUGAAGCGAGCAGCCCGCCGGAGCGGCGGCUGUUCAUGCAGUUCAAGUAUCCCGCGACUAUUGAAAUGGACCAAUGAAAAGAGCCGAGGUCCGUGACGUCACUCGGGGCGACGCGGUCGCAGACGAGUGAAGGCGGUGCGAAGGCAACCGAGCAGGGGCGGAGCGGGGCGAAGAGACGUCGAACGGCGGCAGGAGGAAGUACGCGCGCCCGGCGGGGAGGCGGGGCCUAAAUCUACUGUGACUUUAAAUAGGGCCGCUAGGCGGUCCCUGUCUCGGGGCAAGGGCUGUGUCUAGGAUAAACUGAAUUAAACUUUAGCAAUUAGUAGCGGGCCGCCCCGGCCUUCUGCCCUAGGACCUCCAGUUAGCUUGACUGACUAGUUUCUCAAGGUCUAAAAUCUGAUCCGGCCACAUACUGGCCUGGUGGUCUUGUUCAAGUUAUUCAGUGUCUCCAAUUCUCAAUUUUCCUAUCUGUUAAUUGGGAAUGAUAUCUACGCGUUAUACAGUUGUCGUUAGUAUUAAAUAACGUGCAUAAAUCAUUUAACACGCUGCUUAUGUAACUGAUAUAAUAUUGAAAGACUAUAAUGUCAUCUUACCAUUUAGGUGUUUCUUCACAGUCUUAUGCUUUUUAUUUUUCCUAAUGAAGAUGCAAUUAAUUUAAAGUGCCACCUUGAACUACUGUUGAUAUAUGUAACAAACAGUAAUGUACUACAAGAAAUUCAACUAGACAGUCAUUAAUUUUUAUCUCUUUUUUUCCCCAAGGUGUGGCAGCCGACAAAAAGCUCGGAGUAAAAUUCUAGUGACCUAGAUAUAAUUAUGUGUUCCAUUUAGAAAUGAAGGUUGUUUAAACAUAGUAAAAACAAUAUGACCUUAUAAAAGUAAAACUCUCUUAGCAAUGUGUGCCUUUAACAAAUUUUCACAUUUAAUAUACAACAAGGCUUGCACAUAACUAAUAAAUAUAAUGGUAUAUAAUUAAGAAGCACUGUUGUUUUCCAACAAAUUCCUAAGUGUGCCCUUCUUGAAAACACACAGAAUAGUUUAUUUUCUAUUGUAAUCCUUAUGCUAUUUUAAACAACCUUUAAGUACAGUAUUCACUUGAAUAUGAAUAAAACAUGAAUUAAGAUUAAUGACUUCCAUAGCCUUAAAGUCAUAUUUCCCUCCAUUUAUGAUAAAAAAGAAAUCAGUGGAUAUUAGUGCAGGAAAAUCUAAGAAGCUGUCACUAUUUCGACACUAUUCACAUGUAGUAUACUUGUAUAGCCCUACUGGUUACAGCACAUCAAGUUAAGAUCCCCCCAAUCUGUGCAAAUUCUGCUGAUUUCCCUGGCCAACUCAAGUAUUUUACAAACUGAGCAUGGGUCACAAAACAUUACCAAGCAACAGCAAAAUCAAUUGUAAAUCAAUCUCAAUUCCUAAAAAAAAUUUAUGUUAUUUCCCCUGGUUGACAACAUACAUAGUAACCAGAACGCAAUCCAGGCACCAGAACUUGGGUUCCACCUUUACAAAAUAAUAGCAUGUCCUCUUAAACACUUAACCUCACUGAGAAUCAGUUUUCUUACAUGAUUUGACAAAAUAAUCAAUAUAUGUUGUCAAGAUCAAAUGAGGAGGGACUUCCCUGGUGGCACAGUGGUUAGGAAUCCACCUGCCAAUGCAGGGGACACGGGUUUGAUCCCUGGUCCAGGAAGAUCCCACAUGCCGCGGAGCAACUAAGCCCCUGCGCCACAACUACUGAGCCUGCGCUCUAGAGCUGGCGAACCACAGCUACUGAAGCUUGCGUGCCUAGAACUCAUGCUCCGCAACAAGAGAAGCCACCACAAUGAGAAGCCCUCUCACCGCAGUGAAGAGUAGCCCCGGCUCGCUGCAACUAGAGAAAGCCCGCACGCAGCAGUGAAGACCCAACACAGCAAAAAAAUUAUUAAUUAAUUAAUUUAAAAAAUAAUUAGCCAAAAAUAAAUUAAAAGAAAAAAGAUCAAAUGAGGUAACAUAUGUAAAUACAUUUUGAAAACCGUAAAGCAGUUUAUACAUAUGUGUGUUAGCUUAUUAAAUAUUUGAAUAUAUUUUUAUUUUCCAAAUAAUAGUUCUCGAUUAUUAGAAACAUUAUAAUUAUUAUAAAAUAAUUAUUUUAUACAAUGAUUAUUAUAAAACAUCCACUUGAAAAAAAUUCAUUAAAAUCCCUUAUAAUCAUUCCACUUGUUUUAAAAAUAAAAAUUCUCUUUAUUUUAAAAAAGUUCCAUUUGUCCUCCUAUCUCUCUCUCUCUCUCUUUUUUUCUCUCUUACUCCUCUUCCUCUUCCUCUUUCUCUGCUAUGUGAGGACACAACAAGAAAGCAACCAUCUGCAAGCCAAGAAGAGAGCUCUCACCAGAGCCCAACCACGCUGGCACCUUGACCCCAGACUUCCAGCCUCUAGAACUUACGUGGACCUCUCACUGCCAUGGCCUCUCCCGCUGCGGAGCGCAGGCUCCGGACGCGCAGGCUCUGGACGCGCAGGCCCAGCGGCCAUGGCUCACGGGCCCAGUCGCUCCGCGGCACAUGGGACCCUCCCAGACCGGCGCACGAACCCGCGUCCCCUGCAUUGGCAGGCGGAGUAUCAACCACUGCGCCACCAGGGAAGCCCUGAAUGCGGAUCUUGAUGUUUGAAUAUGUUUUAACCUUGCACGAUGUCUAUACUAACAAUAUAUGGGUUGUUUGAUAAAUAAAUAUUUUAAAAAUUAAAAAAAAGUUCCAUUUGUCAAAAAAAAUAGAAGCAUUACUAAAAAAAGUCAUAACAUAUAUUUUUAGAUAAUAUUAAAAAACGCACUUGAAAUAAAAGUAUAUACAGUUAGCUUGCAAUUCUAUUUUAACAUUUUUAAUUUAAACAUACAACUUCUUUGGAACUUUACCUUAUUUAUAUUUCAUGCAGCAUCAAAGAAAGCAAUCAAUGCAUUUUGGUCAUAACUGUCCAGAAUCUCCAGUAAAAGAGGCACUUUGGUUUUUACAUUGGUGCCUUUGAAUUUGAACUUAUCUAUGAAAAGAUCGGUGAUCAUGCCUAUAAAGAAAAAAUGUUAAUUUUCUGUCAUUGAUUAAUUCUAUUAAUGACACAUUAUUGAAUGAAAGUAAGUGACUGCUUGAGAAUCUAUUUCUAAGCACCUGUAAUUCCAUUAUUUAACAUACAGAAAUCCGAAAGGAUUGAUGCAUCAAAAAAUAUUUGGGGGGGAUUUUAAGGCAAGUUUCAAAAUAUAAAUCAUUUGGCUAAUAACCCUCUUAACAAUUGGCUAUAAGCUAUUAAUUCAGACAAUCAACUGCUGGCCAGUUUUGAACUGCUAUUGGUAUAUAUAAAAUUACAACAAGUGGGUUUUUUUUUUCCACCAGGCUGACCAUUUUGACACAGUGUAGACAUAUUCUGUUCAUAACAGCUUUAUCUGAAUUAAAAUAUCCCAUCUAUAUGUUGACCAUUCUUAGGAUUUGACCUGAAGGCAAGUAUUUCUAGUUUCAAAGAUCUGGGCAAAUUAUUUCACCUUUGAGUUUUUGCAUAUAUAUAGUGGGAAUAAUUCAAGCUAUCAAUCUUUUAUCCAAAACUCUUGAUGCAAGAUGUGUUUCAGAAUUUUUCACAUUUUAGGAAGAUAAUAAAAGGAAUAUACCAUAUAUAUGGCAUAAUACCCGUGGAAAGUGAGUGGCAGCAUCUGAUAACAAAACAUAACAUUUCUGCAACAAAAUAUAUGAAUAUUCAUACUAAGUGGAAUAAAAAAACUAUAAAUAACCUCAUAUCAGUUUAAGUGAGGUUUUGUCAUUAAUUCAGAUCAAGUCAGAUUUAUUGCCAAAUGAUUUAUGAACAAAGUUUUUGAUUUCAAAGCUCUCUGGACUGUGGAAUUGGUGAUAAGAUAUGGUGGUUCUGCACCACCCAUCUUCUAAGUUGUAAUGGGGAUAAAAGAUCAUGUGUUUGCCACAUAGUAAACAUUAAGAUAUUAGAUAUUAUUGUUACCGUUUAUGAGCAAGUCUCUGGGCAUAAAAUAAAUUCAUUAGGUAGAUCUUAGGGAUCAAUAUGGACGGAUGAUACCAACUGACUCUACAGAAGACUCGGCACAGUGCAAACAGCUUGCAUUUGGGGGCAAGGAGGUUCUAAUGAAGGCUUUGCCACCACCUACCUAUGUGACAACACAUUCUUAAGCUCAGAUUUCAGUUUACAGAUGUGAAAACCAGAGAUAACACUAUCUACCUUGCUGAGCUGUUGUAAGGAUUAAAUAUCCCCCCAAUUAUAAAGAUGUUAUAAAUAAAUAGGCGUGCUAUGCACAAUAGGUCUUAAAUAAAGAUCACAAAAAAUGUCUCCUUAAGCUGUUCCUUCCUUCCUCCCUCUUGCUCUUGCUUUUUCAAUACAACUGUGAAACAUUCAACUUCUCACCACCAAAGCAGAAUGAGUUUUAAACAUAAACUGACACAGCACAUAUAUAGCCCCUAUUAAAUUUUGCAUAAAAAUAUUAAAUGCUGCAUUUUGAUAUUUCAGAAUAGCAAUAAAAACUGAAAAUUAUUUGUGUGAAAUAUAGCCUAAAUUGUAAUGCUUCAUAGGAUACAUUCAUUUCACACUGGGUUUCUUCAUAUAUAUAGAUUAAUUCAUUGCAUUAGACUUAUUUCACUUCUUAAUAUUUAUUUGUAUUUUAUCUAGUAAAAAUAUUAAACAUUAAAACCAACUUGACAAAAUAAAUAUAUUGGGCAGUACAUGGGUUGUUACUGGUUCAUGACUGCUGUAAUCUUUGCCUGUCUCCUCCUGCCCAGCUUCUCUCAUGUGAUCCUUUGCAAACAGCCAGUAGAAAAGAAAUAUGACAAGGUAUUCUAGAAUAGUUCACUAACCAUAGAGUCUUUCAAGAUGUGCAGGUUGCUUUUUGUAUUCUUCCUGUAGGUGAUCUGCCUCUUCUAGGAUACAGCGAUAUUCUGGUAUCAGAAAGUUUGUGUUUCCCUCAUGAACCUGCAAUUCCUUAUUUAAAAAACAGAAGCUCUUAAUGUUCAAAAUUUAAUCCAG